CCGCGACACGGGAGUGCAGGUGUACAACAGCCGCACGGGAAGGAAGGAGCCGCUGGUGGUGGCGCGCGCGGACUCCACCUCCUGCUGCGGACCCACCGUGUACGACCACGCGCACCUCGGCCAUGCGUGCUCCUACGUGCGCUUCGAUGUCAUCCGGAGGCUCCUCACCACGGUGUUCGGCUGCAACAUCGUCAUGGCGAUGGGCAUCACGGAUGUGGAUGACAAAAUCAUCGCGAGAGCCAGCGAGAUGCAGAUCUCACCUGCUGCCCUGGCCACGCUCUACGAGGAAGAUUUCAAGCAAGACAUGGCGGCCCUGAAGGUCUUGCCGCCGACUGUGUACCUGAGGGUGACGGAAAACAUCCCUCAGAUUGUUGCAUUCAUCCAGGGGAUAGUGGCCCGCGGGCACGCCUACCCCACGGCCCAAGGCAAUGUCUACUUCGACCUGCGGUCCAUAGGAGACAAGUAUGGCGUGCUCGUCGCUGAGGUCCCCGCUGCAGCCACCGAGCCAGCCGACUCUGACAAGCGCCAUGCUGCCGACUUCGCCCUGUGGAAGGCGGCCAAGCCCCGGGAGGUGUGCUGGGCCUCGCCGUGGGGCAGCGGCCGUCCCGGCUGGCACAUUGAGUGCUCCACUGUUGCCAGCAUGGUGUUCGGGAGCCAGCUGGACAUCCACACGGGUGGGGUCGACCUGGCCUUCCCGCAUCACGAGAAUGAGAUUGCGCAAAGCGAGGUGUUCCACCAGUGCAACCAGUGGGGCAGUUACUUCCUGCAUUCCGGGCACUUGCAUGUGAAAGGCAGAGAGGAAAAAAUGUCCAAAUCGUUAAAGAACUACGUCACUAUUAAGGACUUCCUGCGCUCCUUCUCCCCAGAUGUCUUCCGGCUGUUCUGUGUGCGAAGCCACUACCGCUCAGCUGUGGACUACAGCAGCAGCAGCAUGCUGGACGCCCAGCACCUGCUGCUGGGGCUGGCCGCCUUCGUGGAAGACUCACGUGCCUACAUGAAGGGGCAGCUGGCGGGCGGUGCUGUCGGGGAGGCCGCACUGUGGGAGAGGCUCAGCCGUGUGCCAGGGAUUGUGAGGGCGGCGCUAGCUGAUGACUUCGACACGCCCCGGGCCGUGGGGGCUGUGCUGGACCUUGUGCACCAUGCCAGCAGAGAGCUCAGGGUGGCCACCAAGGACCCCAGCGGCCCCCGGAGUCCUGCGGUGCUGGGUGCCAUCGUGUCCUACGUGGAGGAGUUUUUUGCGACACUUGGGAUUUCCCUGACGGAUCAGCAGUGUGUUGCAGGAGAGAGCAGCUCGACCACGCUGCGCGGCGUGGUGGAAGAGCUGGUACACUUCCGGCUGAAGGUCCGGCAGUUGGCGCUGGCCACACCUGAAACUGGUGGGGAGGCCCGGCGGCCCCUGCUGGAGGCCUGCGAUGAGCUGCGCCGGAACCUGGCUGCCCACGGCAUCAGCAUCAAGGACAGAAGUAGCACAGUGUCCACGUGGGAGCUGCUGGACCCAAGGAUGAGACAGCAGAAGCCGGGGGGCUGAGGCAGCAGGGCGGGAUGUCCUGGUGCAGUUGUUGGCAGUAACAAUAAAUACAUGGGCGC